AUGUACCUCACCAGCGUUUCCUUUUCUUCAGGUUGCUGCUGUGGUGCAGAGGAUGUGGCGGCUCCCCCUGAACAGAAGGUUUCUGUAAGAUUGUCACAGGCCAGGAAUCCCAAGGUAGCCUUGUCUUCCCAGAAGAGCCACCCCUGUGGGAGUUGUGGGCCAGUCUUGGGAAACAUUUUCCAGCUGGUUGAACUGAAGGAAACCCAACACAGCCAGAUACUGUUGAGGUGUGGGGCAUGUGCAAAAAGAUUUUAUUUCCGUGCAAAAUUUGACCAGCACCAGAAGCAGCAUAGGACAGAGAAGCCUUUCGUUAGAGAUGUGGACAGCAUCUCUCUUGCGAGGGGCGGUGAUUUUCGUGUGUCACAGAAACCUUCUACCUGUGGGGAAUUUGGACAAGACGUGUUCACCGGGUCAGGACAUCUACAGCAACAGGCUACUCCCACCAGGGAUAGAACAAAUGAAAUCUUGACACCUGAGGUGAGUUUUCAAAGCAGAAAUAACGACGACAUCUGGGAAGAAUAUCAUAAAACCACGGGCAGCAUCCACACAUGUGUUCAGGACAGGAAUAUUGGUCCUGAAAGACAGCGUUUCGUGGGCCAGGAAUGUGGAAAAUGUUGUAGCAAAAUUUCUACUUUUCACUGUCAUCAGAGCGUUCACUCCGGAAAAAGACGUUAUGAGUGUGGUGAGUGUGGUGAGUGUGGGAAGUCUUUCUCAAGGAUGUAUUACCUUCCUUAUCAUCAGAGAGUUCACACUGGAGAAAGGCCUUAUGAAUGCAGUGAGUGUGGCAAAUCUUUCUUCAGUAGCUCUGGCCUUCACUAUCAUCGGAGAUUUCACAGAGGAGAAAGACCUUAUGAGUGCAGUGAAUGUGGGAAAUCUUUUAGCUGUAGCAGUGCCCUCCGCAGCCACCGGAGAGUUCACACUGGAGAAAAGCCUUAUGAGUGCAGUGAGUGUGGGAAAUCUUUUACUGGUAGCAGUGGCCUCCGGAGCCACCAGAGAGUUCACACUGGAGAAAGGCCUUACGAGUGCAGUGAGUGUGGCAAAUCUUUCUUCAGUAGCUCUGGCCUUCAUUAUCAUCAGCGAUUUCACACAGGAGAAAGGCCUUAUGAGUGCAGUGAAUGUGGGAAAUCUUUUAGCUGUAGCAGUGCGCUCCACAGCCACCGGAGAGUUCACACGGGAGAAAAGCCUUAUGAGUGCAGUGAAUGUGGGAAGUCUUUUAGCUGUAGCAGUGGCCUCCGGAGUCAUGAGACAGUUCACACUGAAGAAAGGCCUUACGAGUGCCUUGCCUGUGGAAAAUCUUUCAAGAGUAGCAAUGGCUUUCAGUAUCAUCAGAGAGUUCACACUGGAGAAAAGCCUUAUGAGUGCAACAAAUGUGGGAAAUUUUUUAUCAAAAUCCAAGGCCUUCAUAAGCACCAGAGAGUUCACACUGGAGAAAAGCCUUACGAGUGCAAUGAAUGUGGGAAAUCUUUUUCAAGAAAGGAGUCCCUUCGUUAUCAUCAGAGAGGUCACAGUGGAAUAAGGCCUUAUGUGUGUCAUGAAUGUGGGAAAUCUUUUACAAGUAGCACUGGCCUCCAUUAUCAUCAGAGAUUUCACACGGGAGAAAAGCCCUAUGAGUGCAGUACAUGUGGCAAAUUUUUUACCAGCAGAAGUGGCCUUGUCCAUCACCAGAGAGUUCACACUGGAGAAAGGCCUUAUGUGUGCCCUAAAUGUGGGAAUUCUUUUACUAGUAGCAAUGGCCUUGUAGGUCACCUGAGACUUCACACUGGAGAAAGGCCAUAUGAGUGCAGUGAAUGUGGGAAGUCUUUUACCAGGAUCCAUAGCCUUCGUUAUCAUAAGAGAGUUCACAGUAGAGGAAAUGUCUAG